AGUGCGUCAGUCAGUCGGUAAUAGUCCAGAGUCCCGUAGUGCAGUUCUGAUACUGUUCGACAUCACGUAUCCCUAGAAUCGUAUAAAUAUUUGCAGCUUCUACCAUAACGGAUUAUGCAUAAAUAACAUAAAGUGGUAAUAAUUCGAAUCUACGCAGUGAAAUUGGUUGAAUCGAGAGUGAACAGAUAUCUGUAACCGUUCUUGCUAUUUUCAAGCACGCCUAGUGUUCAGUCUGGAUAUAGAUUUCGUCGAGGAUUGUUAUCUAGAUUUUAUUUGUGCCUGUGUCUCGCGUAUACACGAGGGUAUGACGGUUAUACCAUAAUUGAAAAUCCGUUUUAUGGAAUUGCCUGUUUUCGUGAGGUUAUAAAGGCCCGAGUUUCGUGUCUGGUGAUACUGGCAUCUUCAAAGGUGACACAAGUGAUCGAUCCAGCGUCUCGAUGUUGGAGCGUGCUAAUGUUGUAUAAUAGCAUGCAGUUCGCCUAUCGUUACACGUGGAACCGAGAGAUCAUUGUUGCAUCACAAAAACUAGUGAAAAGACGUUGAAUCACAAUAGCGAAUCGAAGGACUUAAUCGUAACGCGCGUCGCUGCUAAAACAAGCCCGUCUUCUCCAAAUAGGACGAUACAACAUCCAUUGACGCUAUUCAACAACGCAGGAUCUUCUCAUACAACACUCUUCUGCAUCCUUUCCCUAUCCUUUGCUUGGUUACCUUCGAUCAUCCUUUCCCAUAAGAAACUGUUUUACGCUUCGCACUAGGAAUGAUGGCUGCUCUCUGUUAUGGCGAACCCUUUUCGAAUUGGUUGGAGCAGAAAAUAGAAAUUCCAAUAUUCGACGAGCUACCAGCCCCAGAAUGUGUCCAGAACCGUGGGAUGAUUUAUCCCGAGUUGGUGAAGGAGCCACAGCAUCAGCAGCAGGAUACCACCCAGACGCUAUUGCAAGAAUUCGAAAGCGUCCUGGGAGACGUCGAAGCAUGUCAUCAGAUAACUCCUCCAAUCGGUUCAUCAACAUUAACACCACCGCAGUCACCACCUCCAUUGAAAAUUCCACCAACUGGUACACAGCUGUUAGUAACCCUACAGCCUCUCGAACCAAUGCCAAUGCCCAUGAUCACGCAGCAAUCAAACUACCAUACAAUGACAGUUCCUGUAACAAAACAAGCGUCCUUCCUGGGACAAUUCCCCGCGUCCCAGGCCAAGCUAAUGUUCCCUGUUGAACAGUGGAACCCGGAGAACGUCUCUUUGGAGCCUCUUGGAGGAGACGUGGCACGUGAAUUGGCAGCUGUUGAUGAGUACGUACGUUCGUGCGCAGAAGAUAUACCACCAGCGAGCCCUUGCACCAGCUCCGGUGGCAGUUACAUGUCAUCGGAGGAUUCUGUCGAUGAUCCUGAUUGGACUCCAGAAAGCGUACCCAUCGCUGAGACAUCGCGGCCGGGACCUUCCUCUAAGAGUCGUCGCAAGCCUUAUUCUCGACCGAACGUUGAGGAUAAAAAAGUGCGCAAGAAGGAACAGAACAAGAACGCAGCGACGCGUUACAGGCAAAAGAAGAAACUGGAAGUCGAGGAAAUACUUGGCGAGGAACGCGAACUCGCCGAUCACAAUGAAAAGUUGGAAAAUCAGGUUAAAGAUCUGCAGCGUGAGAUAGGGUAUCUGAAAGGUCUCAUGAGGGACCUUUUCAAGGCGAAGGGUCUUAUGAAAUAAUCCAUUCGUUCAAAUUAAUCUUGUAACUUUUAUAAAUGUAUCUUUAUUUUUUUACUUUAAUCAGUCUAAUUCGUAGUCUUUUGACUUCUUAGCGUAUAUACAUGUAUAUACCAUAGGUAAAUAAUUAUAUACACAUAUAUAUGUAUCACUGUAUCGAUCAGAGUGUACUGUAGCGAUAACAGUUUUAUUUUAUACUUUCUUUUAUUUUUAUGAAGUGUAGCCACUUUAAAUCACCAAUUCUCGACUUGUCGUACAUCAUGUGGUUAUUUGGUAUUCUAUCUGCCUACCACGUCACUAAUUUUUAACAUCUAACAAAUCUUUAUACAUUGCUCCACGAUGAACAGUUUUAAGAGAAACGUCACUAAGGACAAAUUAUCGUUUAGACGGGGCAGUCCUAUGAUGUGCUUCAAUGUGCGGAAAAUCUGCUGCUCCUGAAAAACUUUAAGAUUCUAUGACGCUUCUCCUUAACGCAGCGAGUCCUUUUGUCCUAAAAUUCUUUUAAUCAACGAAUUAUAUUUUCUUACAGAAAAUGUAUUCGAAACUGAAAUAAACGGUUAUUCGGUAGAAA